GUCGCAAAGACAAUUCUCUAUUUUCCAUUGUCAAAUCUAGCAGAAUUCCACUUGCACAAUAAGAAAACAGGUCACUACACCAGUUAUUCGGUCUUAGUUUGAGUAACAAUGGGUGGUGGACUUUUCAACCCGCUUGGUCCUGUUCUCGCAGCUCUCUACCGUCCUGAGGAAGAAUCAGGGCACCGUCGUAUCCAAGAAUCGCAGUGGUACCAACCAUUGGUUUUGCAGAGUAACACACUCGAUUCUCGACUGUCACUCGCCAAAAUCCAUCGAUCAUGCAACAAAGCCUGCGCCAUCUACUGUAUCCCUAAAAUCCACAUUGGGAUGAGCGGAUUCUGGAGGGGUGUCUAUGAUAAGUGGUUUAUCCCAAACAAUGGAGUCGAUAUUGAGUUUGGGACAUUCUUUGCGCACUUCAUCGCGUGUUGGUACGAGGAGAGUCCGAACGAGGUUGAGGCCAUUUUGGAGGUGCAUGAGAGACUGUGUAGGCAGGUUGAGAAGAGGCAGGGUGUAUUGGAUGAGAUUGAUAAGGAGGAGACUGAGCGAUUCAAGAGGUACCAUAAGUUUUAUGAGCUCGGGUUGGCGUUCCGCAGUGUCUUUAUUAUCGUGGACAAACCAGAUUGGAAAAAUGAAGGUGUGCUGCUGGUGCGGACAGGUGAUGCUGAGGGGUUGAGGAAAUGGCCGAUUGGGUCCGAGGCUGAGAAAAUUGGAUUUGGAGCGGUAGGCGAUGGGAGAGGAAUAGCUCGUCUGAGUCUGGAAAAGGCCAUGGAAGUCGUGCUUGGGAUGUAUCAUCAAUCGGAGAGUGAAACUCAGACGGCUCGCAGGCUGAAGCCGAAUGACCCGCCGCAUGUUUGUGUAUAUUGAGAUGAGAUAGGUGUCUAGUACCAAAGAGCUUGGUUAGUACUCUGGAAGGCUUAAAUUAUUCUUAGUGCCAGUCCGAGGGUGUCAAGUCAAUGAGAAGAACC